AUGGCUUACAGCCUAUCAUCAAACGUCAAACAGGAGACGAGCCAGACGCCUCGCGCGCGCAGAGGCACCAGGCCCAAAGCGAAAGUCGCCGGGACGGGCCAUGACGACAUUGUUCUGCUCUCUGCGUGCCGGUUCCUGGAUGCGCUCCAAGCUCCAGCAGCCAGCAGAUGGAGCGAGACCAAAGAAAAAGAGACAAAAGAAUUUUUCCUUCUUUCUCGUCUCCUCAUUCAUGGUUCGGGCCUCGGGGGUCUAGUUUCUGUUCGAGAUCACCGAGGCGCUCCAUUAGGAUUUAAGCCGCUUUUAUUUUCUCUGACCAACGACCCUUGCAAAACCCUAUUGUUGCGCGAGGCUCUUCACACGCACACAAUGUUUGGCGCAGGACGGUCACCGACUCCACCCCGUGCCGGCAUCACCGGCGCUGUCGGCAUCGGGGUGUCCAAUGCAGAGAAAGAGUCCCUUCUGAGAAAGACGCAGACGGACAUUUCCAUGACUAUGAGGAUAACACGAGAUCCAUUAGCUGCAAGAAUUGGAGACGUGAUGGCCUGCGGCCGUGGAAGUUGCCGAGACACAAGCGACUCUAUAUUCGGGCGCUGA